GUCAAAACCAACGUCAUUUAUGACAGAACAAAUAAUUUAACUUUUUUUUUUCCAGAAAAAAAAAAAAUAUAAAUGGGUUCCUCAAAGUUAUUAUUUCUUUUGAUAACUUUUUCAUUUGUCCUCCUCGGAUCGUGUUAUCUCGAAAACGAUGGCUGGAUAAGUAUUGAACUAAAACAUGCCCUGGAUGCUUCGAACCCUGAAAAAUUUUCUCAUCGUGGCAAUGUAACAAUUCCUAGUUUAUUUGGACAAGCUAAAACAUAUCAAGAAGUCCUAACCCAGUCGGAGCGACAAAGUUUGAAGAGACUAGCCGAGACUGAUGAAUUCUACAGACUUCAAGCAAACGUUGUCUAUCCCGACGGCACAACCCACACCUUCCUCACAGCAACAAAAGCAUGCAACCUCGUGUUGUCAGACCUUUAUGAUGUCUUGUGGGUUUCCAUCGAUGGAACUGGAUUUGUUACAGCCGUCACACAGACAAUCUUCAGUUCAGCUUUUGCUGAUUGCAAAAACAGCGACAUUUCAAUAUCCGGUUUAGAUGAGUUCAACACAGAUGUCCUAAUCAAACACAUGGAACUAGCACCAAUCCCAGAUACAGCUAGUUUUAUUCAAAAGGUCGAACGUGAGCGGGAGGCUCGAGAAAAGGGUGAAGUUCGAGAUAACCGAGGUUUCUUUGCAAAAUACUGGAUGUACAUUGUACCCGUGGUUCUCUUGGUGUUUAUAUCGGGAGCAACAAACCAAGAUGGUGCCAAGUAGAAGCAUCAACAUCUUAAAAUAGUUCAUCUUUAGUCAAUGUUCUGCAUUUCUUUUUCCAAAAUUAUAAUAAAGAACUUUAGUGUACUAACAA